AUGGCGGCUGAGAGCGAUGUUUACACUCUUCACUAUUUCCCCUUUUCGCUGUAUUCGCUCAUGGUGCGGUUUGCCCUGGUCAUAGGCAGAAGACUGAAUCCGGAGACGGCGCCAAAUGUUGAGAUAAAGCUGGUGAAUCUGCAUCGAGAUGAGAACUUUUCAGAAGAAUAUCUCACCUUGGUGAACUCAAAAGGCCAGGUUCCCGCACUGACAUCGGCUGCAUUCACAUCGCCACUCGCAGAAAGCUAUGACAUCUCCAAAUGGCUGUGUGAGAAACAGCCAGAACUAAUUCCCGAGGAGCACCGAGAGGCAAUCCAGAGCCUCAUGGACAAACUGUACAGCUUCCAUGCCAAGACCCUGACAAUAGGGCCCGACGAAAAGAAGCACGGAAUCCCAAACCGGGCUGCUGAGCUACUAGAGCAAAAGGACUUGACUGAGCCUCAUCGCAGGGCACUGGAGAUUAAAAGCGUAUUCCACGACCUACGCCACAGCACAGUAUUUACUCCUAGCGGUAUCAAAGACGUUGAGGACAAGGCUCGCAUCUUCAUACAAGAGCUGGACAAGACUCUUGACGAGGAGAAUCAGGGACAGCGCUGGAUCUUUGGCAAGCGGCCAACGAUUGUGGACGCACAUGCGACGGCAAUGGUAGCAAGACUGAUGGAGGUGAAACGUCAAGAUCUGCUGACGGAGAGAGUGCAAGAGUACACGAGAGGAGUUCUCGCAUCUGAAGAGUGGAAUGAGGUUACGCAUGGCAGAGCCACGCGCUGGAACGCCUCGAUGGGAAAUGUCGCCGAUUUGAAUCCGCUGUAA